AUGGCAAAACUGCACCUCCUCCUCAUCCUUCUCACCCUUCUUUCCCUCACCACCGCCGAGAUCAAGACCGUAAAGAUAACUUCCGAUUCCCGCCCGACGAUCCUCUUCCGGAAACUCGGCUUCACCCACACCGGCCACCUCUCAAUUUACGUCUCCGCCUCUGCCUCUGCCUCCGCCUCCGUCAACUCCUCUUUCUCCUCCAUCGACCCUUCGCGCCUCGCCUUCUUCCUCCUCUCCGAAGAGUCCGUCAUCCAAGUCCUCCCCGAACUUAUGCACAAUCCCAGCUUCUGCAUCAUCGAUUCCAAAUUCAUCAACCUCCUUUUCACUCUCCGCGACCUCUCACCAUCUCCUACCUCUUCCUUCAACCAUUCCUACCCCGUCACCUUCCCCAAUGAAUACUUCCUCUUCUUCGCCAAUUGCGUCCCUGAAUUACAAGUCACCAUGGACGUCCGUACAGAGCUCUACAAUCUCGAUUCCGGCGCCUCCAAGGACUAUCUCUCCGCCGGGUUGACUCAGCUCCCCUCUCUGUAUUUCCUUUUCUUCCUCAUAUACUCAUAUUUUCUCGGGUUUUGGUUAUACCACUGUUACCAUACCAGAAGAUCAGUACAUCGGAUCCAUUUGCUCAUGACCCUAUUGCUUCUAACGCAAACUCUGAAUUUAGUCAGCUUGGCCGAGUAUAAACACUAUGUAAAGGUCACAGGGACACCCCACGGGUGGAACAUAAUUUUCUACGCAUGUCAAUUCAUUAGGGUUCUACUUUUGUCUACGGUGAUUGUAUCAAUUGGUACCGGGUGGUCGUUUUUGGAACCCUCUAUGCAAGGAAAAGGUGGGAAGAAAGUGUUGAUGAUCGUAAUUCCGCUACAGGUUUUGGGCAAUGUGGCUUCCAUCGUCAUCGGAGAAACGGGUCCGUUUAGAGAAGAUUGGGUGACUUGGAAUCAGGUGUUUUUCUUGGUGGAUAUUGUGUGCAUUUGCACAAUUAUUUUCUCAAUUAGAUCAUCGUUGAGGGAGGCGUCGAAGAUGGAUGGGAAGGCCUCGAGAAAUUUGGGGAAGUUGUAUGUGUUUAAGAAAUUCUUUAUUGUGGUGAUUGGGUACUUAUUUUAUACAAGGAUUGUUGUGUCUGCCGUGAACAUCAUCGCAGCAUAUAGGUAUCAGGGGGUGACCUAUGCAGCUGAGGAGACCGGAAGUCUUGCAUUUUAUAUGGUGAUGUUUUAUAUAUUCAGGCCGGUGGAAGAGAAUGAGUACUUUGCUCCUGACAAGGAGGCUGCAGAGAUAGCUCUCCGGGAUCCUCUGGUGAAUGCAUGAUCUGGUAAUGGCAUCUUAUUUCGAUAUGUAUGGCAAUUGUUGUAAAUCCUAUGUUUGCAGGUUUCUUGUUUGUCAAAUAGUUUUACGAUAACAUGUGUUGUUUGUUGCUUAAACCAUUGUAUGACAUGAUGACUUUUUCAUAUGAUACGGACCUUUGUUUUAUGCUUCAAACCUUGUUUUGAGCUAAGGUUUUAUAUAUUGAAAGGGUUUUGUGUAUUACAUAUUAAUUGUCUUCUUAUUUGAUGAUGGUGUCAAAUCACUUUGGAAAGUAAAUUUGAGCUAUAAAGUUGGGCAGCCAAGCAAGGUUGUUGAUUGCGGGGAUAGACCAACUUUAUUCUUUUCUCACUUUUUGCUAGAGUGGGAGAGAGUGUGGCCCUGUGGGAAGAGGGAAGGGGUGGGG